AUGGCAUUCAACAAUGGCAACAUGAAAACUAUAAAUAAUACGUAUCAACAACAACAACAACAACAACAAACAUUGAUAAAUCAACAGAAUAAUAUCAAUAAUAACAAUAGUAAUAAUAAUAUUAAUAAUAAUAAUAGUUUUUCAAUUAGUAAUAGUUUAAGCGAUUCAUUCCGACAACAGCAACAGCAUCAACAGCAGCAACAGCAACUUUUACAACUUCAAAGACAACAAUAUAUAAAUAAUAAAACAGAUUAUAAGGAGUUGGUUAGACAACAAGGCUUGGAAUUGAUUAGAACAUCCGAAGGCAUCACUGAGCACUCGAAUAUAGUAAAGCCAAUCAUGAAUAUCUUGGAUCCAGUGUCAUUGGAGUUAUUGAACAGCCACUUACUCGGUGGAAGCAACAAUUCAUCGUCAACGAGCUCACCAACAUUGAUGUCUGUACAGCUAUCGCCCUUAACAACAACAGCACCAACCAGUGCUGCAUCAAUCAUGUCCACCUCCACCUCUGUUGCCGCCAUCAAUUCAUCGUUGGCCGCAGCAGCAGCAGCCGCAUCGAUGCACAGCAACAGCAACACCGCAAACACCACCUCAACAUUAUCACCAUCCUCCAUAAACAUGUCAUCAUUGCCGAUGAUACAUCAACAACCAAACCAACAACAACCAAUACAACAACAAAUUCAACAACAGCAACCCAUACAGCAACUGCAACAACAGCAGCAACAACCAUCACAAGUAUUCAACAAUACAAAUACAUUCCAAUCAAUACCACAACAGCAAUUAUUACAACAAUCACUUCCACCACUACCAAUUCAAACAGCCAACAACAAUGUAAAUAUGACUACAAGUGCAGAGGAUAUUCCAAUCAAGAGAAAGAGAGGUAGACCUCCAAAGAAUAAGGAUGUGGAGACACAACAACAGCUACUACAACUCCAACAACAACAACAAGACGAAAAGUCAUUGAAAGCCAAAAGAGCAAUCUAUCUUUGUAAUCGAUGUAAAUUACCAAAGAAAGGACAUCAAUGUCCAAAACCAGGAGAAGAUGGUGACGAUGAUACCGGUAGUGAAUCGGCAAUUCUUGAUAACGAUAUAAAUAAUAAUGGUACUCCAAAAAAGAAGAACAAGAAAGAUAAAUUAGAACAACAAACAACACAGCAACAACAACAACAACAACCACAGAUUUUAGCACAACAAACACAACAACAACAACAAUAUCAACCACUUCAAUUUUCACAGCAACAGCAUAAUCAAGCAAUUGGUAUAGCUCAAGCGUUGACUUUUAAUAAUAAUAUAAAUAACAAUGGUAAUCAAAUAUUUAAUAAUAAUAAUAACAAUAAUAAUAUAAAUAUCAAUGGUGGUAGUAUGAUGGUCGGUCCGAAUACAACGACUGUCGUCGAAAAUAAUAAUCCGACUUGGUCAUUCGAAUCGAUCACCGGUGGUAUCUUAUCGAAUCAGAAUACGAUAAUGUACUCAUCGACUACACCAAACGGAGAAACAACACCGUUAUCCUAUCAAUCUUUGAAUCUACAGCAAAUGUCUUCACCUACUACACCCCCUCUUAACUCUAUUGGUGUAAUCAAUCCUUUUGUACAGCAACAACAAUUAACAACAACUACUGAUACUUCAAACAACCAACUUCAACAACAACAACAACAACUUCUUAAUCAAACACCAAUAACAACAACAACCACUGCCAAUAUUAUUUUAAAUCAAUUUAAUAAUAAUAAUAGUAUUCAACAACAAUUUAAUAAUGAUAAUAAUAUGUUACAAACGACUGCAAUGAUUUCUAAUAUAAAUCAAAGACUUUUGGUACAAGAACAACCGAUUGAACAACAACAACAACAACAACAAAAUAUGCAGUCGAUACCACCAGCUUUAUCCGUUCCAUUUAAUAGUACCGUCAAAGAGGAUGAUGCGGAAGACGAAGAAGAAGACGAAGAAGAUGAUGAUAAUGAAGAUGAGAGAGACAAUAAUGAUGAACCUGAUGAUUCUGAAGAAGAAGAAGAAGAUGAAGUUGAAGAAUCAGAAUAA